AUGACACUCGCGGGGCGUCUCCCUACUCACCGGAACCAUUUCCUACGGCGUCAAGGAGAGGAGAUAGCGCGUAGUUGGAUUCGUUUUGCGAAUGGACUCCCGCCGAUGCCCGGUGCGAAACCGUACGAUCUGGAAGAGGGAAGCAUCAUGAUUUGUGAUAUGCUGCAGGGGUGGACAGUGCGAACCAGAGCGGAGGAUGAAGUCAUCAGCCAGCAAGAUCCGUGGGGUCCCCGGCGGUAUCGUCAGUGGGAAGUUUUGAAUGAGGAGUUGAAAAGAGCCGGACGGGCCAAGGAUGGGUCUGGCUCGGAGAAUGAAAAGAUUGAGGCGACAAGAAACGGCUUGCUAGUAUUGCGUGUAUCCGAGAUGCGUUGA